AGUCUUAAUGAGUAGAUUUGUAAUUCUGUUGUAGCGAACACAAUUGGCAGCAGCCACUCCUCCAGCUCCUCCUGUAGUUCAACAACAAAGAAUGCACACUCACAGCCCUGCAAUGGCUUUAUCUCAGCAACCUAUGAUUCCACCUUUGGGUCAUCCAACAUUAACCAUGCCACCCCAAUAUAUGAUGUCAUCUCCAGGAAGUAUGCCACUUACUCCACAGAUUCCACAAGCAGCAGGAGUUCCUCAGGCUUCAAAGUUUAGCAGAAAAUCUCUCCCAAUGACAAUGCAACUACGCCAUGAUAUACCACCAUCUGUUCAUGUUGCUGCAGCCACCGGUCAACCAAUCUUAGCCCCUGCUGCUAUUUCAACUCCACCACAGCUUACCAUGCCUUAUUCCUCUCAGGGAAUGAUUCCAACAGGAGGCCCACCACAACCUGGCAUCUCUUACGCACAGGUAAUUUCAUUUUGUCUUUGCUAUGUUGAAAUAAAAGCU